AGAAAUUCAGUAACCGCCGCCCAACCCUAAUCACAGACCCAGUGCCUCAUCGCUCGAAGUUGCAGGCGAGAAACUCACCGGCCAUAUCUUAUUGGAAGGAGAUUGUUGCAGUGCGGCGGUGGUGGGGUGGUGGUGUUUUUGCAGAUCGGUGGUGGUGUUUUUGCAGAUCGGUGGUGGUGGUGGUGUUAAUAAGUGUUGUUUUUACCAUGGGUUCAGACAGUAGAAGCCGAAGCAGGAGCAGGAGCCCUAUGGAUCGUAAGAUGCGUUCUGAUCGCUUUUCCUAUCGUAAUGCACCUUACAGAAGAGAGUCACGUCGGGGUUUCAGCCGAGACAAUCUGUGCAAGAACUGCAAACGGCCCGGCCAUUAUGCUAGAGAAUGCCCUAAUGUGGCAGUUUGCCAUAAUUGUGAUCUUCCUGGGCACAUUGCUUCGGAAUGCACUACCAAGUCGCUGUGUUGGAACUGCCGGGAGUCUGGCCACAUGGCUAGCAACUGCCCCAAUGAGGGCAUCUGCCACACUUGUGGUAAGGCCGGACACCGUGCUAGAGAGUGCACGGCUCCGACAAUGCCACCAGGGGAUGUGAGAUUGUGCAACAACUGCUACAAGCAGGGGCAUAUUGCUGCCGACUGCACUAACGAGAAGGCUUGCAACAAUUGUAGGAAGACAGGUCACCUGGCACGCGAUUGUCCAAAUGAUCCCAUAUGCAACACAUGCAAUGUGUCCGGGCAUGUCGCCAGGCAGUGCCCCAAAGCCAACACUCUUGGAGAGCGCAUAGGUGGCGGGGUUCGCAGCAGUGGUUAUGGUCAUAGAGAUAUUGUUUGUAGGAACUGCCAUCAGCUUGGUCAUAUGAGCAGGGAUUGUAUGGGGCCCUUGAUGAUUUGUCACAACUGCGGGGGACGGGGUCACUUCGCCUACGAGUGCCCUUCUGGCAGGUUCAUGGAUCGCUACCCCAGGAGGUAUUGAUGAAUGUCACACUAUCUGGCUGCAGUAUCUUGUUGAGACAGUGUACUUGUUUUCUAGAUUAAAAAGUUGAAACUUGACCAUCUAUGACGAGCCUUGAGACCCUAUUCCGCAUAUAUGAGCAUAUUUUCUGUUCUAUUGAUAAUUGAAUUUUCUUGUACUGUGUAUGGAUUGGGAAUUUUUUAUUGCGCUUGAGAGGUUAAAGAACUACUCCACUAGUUAUUUUA